ACAAGAUGAAUCAAACUCAUUUCUUCAUACUUCAAAAAUGGAUAUUAACAAUUUGCGUAUUUUUGUCAGUUCAAUUAAAUCACAAAACAGCAGCUAUGCAAAGCGAGAAAUAUGGACAUGUGGUACGAGCAUUCGCGUUUGAUCAUACACCAGAGGAAAUCAAACAACGGAAUGCUAACAUAAGAAUAAGCAAACACUCCGUUUGUUCCACUGUCAAUCAGAGGUACUUGGCUGACCCCGAGGACAAAUGUAAGUACUACGAGUGUGACUCAUUGGGACGCUACGAGCUGAAGGACUGCCCAUCAGGAAUGUCUGUUCCCAUUUUUCUCCGCAAGGCGGCAGAGGAGGGAAAGUCAUCAUCUAAACCAGUGUGCAAACAAAUAUCGAAUGCGUGCAGGAAAUCACUGGCGGAGUUGAACGAAGCAGUCCAAGGAAACUUUACAAUCCAGAAAGAAAGGCGAUGUGGUAUUGAUUUGUUGUGGGUCGUUGACGUGAGUUGUAGCAUCACAGCGGAUGACAGACAGCGUGUGAAAAACUUCGUACUAAAUACGAUAGAUCGAUUUAAAAUAAAAGGCACUAACUUCGUUCAAGUCGGUGGUGUGACGUAUGAUGGUGUGAUUCACGACAUCAUGUACUUGAGUGAAACUGUCAACAAACCGGGAACAAUGCGUCGCUUUACAACACGGUAUGUCGAUGAGCCCAAAAAGUGUCACACCGCCACAAACAAAGCCCUACAAACAAUACACGACUUCUAUCUUGAUCCGCUUAACGGGAAUCGACCCGAUUUUCCAGAUAUUCUUAUUGUUAUGACAGACGGUAAAACUUAUCUCGGGAGAAAGGGAGAUAAUAAACAGGCGCGAGAAGAAACGGAGUUGUAUGGUCGACUGAUACGGGAGGAGAAGGGAGUUUCAAGUUUCGUCGUAGGCCUACCCAACAGGCAGACUGGUGAAUUUGCAGGGCAAAAAGAAUGGUUACAAAUAGCAGGGACUGAAGAGAGAAUAUUUCUGAUUUCUAAAUUCGAAGAACUUGAAAGUCGAGUCGAUGAAAUUGCACAAAGCGCAUGCCCAGACUCAUGAUAUAGUUCAACCGCUGAUUUUGGGGCAAAUGUAAUCAAUCGGAAUAUUAGGAUCAAGGGUAAUAUUGGGAAAACUUCUUGAAGUUGCAAGGUUCACAAUUUAUCUACCAAGAUUAAAUUAUAUCCAUGGUUUACGACAACUUAGUAGUAGUUCUCAAUUUUACAAAAAUAAUGUGAUGGUAACUAGAUCAAUAAUCUAAACACUUGUUUUAUCAUUUGAUAGUUAAGAUCGUAGUGCACGUGUUAUAAUCUUUGUAAAAGAUUUAAUAAAUAGGUAAUAUUUAGGUAAUCAGGGUUGAAUAUAUAGGUCAAACCAUGUUAUUGGUAUAAGCUGGUAACGGAAAAGUGAAAGAAUUCUGUCAGUCCAGAUCAAUUGACAGUUAUCACUAUAUAAUGCUGAUGCACGUAAAGUCUGAUUUUAAGAAAACUAUUAGAAGCACUUCGAAAAACUUUGUUGACUAUUUGACUCAACGGUGAAGGUCAUAUAAAUGCUGUAAAUGCAAAAGAAGAUAGAGAGAGGAUAUCCUUUGU